AUGUUAUGGAUCUUUGGAACAUCACACAAUCUACCAAAACUCGCUGAUGUUGAUCAACUACCUGGUCAAGUGCUGCGCGUAUUGGGCAAUAAUCCAAGCAGAAUGACACUAAGUGGUACCAAUGUUUACGUGAUAGGAAGUGGAUCGAAAAGAUUAAUGAUCGACUCAAGUGAUGGCAAUAGAACGUUUGAACGAAGGUUGCUAGAAGUCCUUAAGGUUCACGGAGUGGAAGAGAUAUCCGAUUUACUGGUAACUCAUGGACAUUUGGACCAUAUUGGGGGUAUUUUGCAGCUCAAAAAGAGAUUUCCUGGUAUUAGAGUGUGGAAGUAUUUACCUGAUGCUGAUAAAGAAGGAUGUCGUCGACUGAGUUUGAGCAAUGUGGAGAGUCAACAAUUGGGAAUUAAGGCUUUGGUAGAAGGACAGACUUUCCGUGUGCCUGGCAGCGAAAACCAACUAACUGUAGUGUAUACUCCAGGACAUUGUAAUGACCACGUUUGUUUCGUAAUGAACAAUGGAGAAGAUCUCAAAGCAUCGAUACUAUUCUCGGGAGACUGUAUUUUGGGCUUUGGUAGUUGCGUAUUUGACUCACUUCUCGACUUGAUGGCAUCUUUGGCAAAGUUGAAAAGAUGCAGUGCUAUCAGGAUAUAUCCCGGACACGGGCCUGUGGUAGAGGAUGCAUCUGCCAAGAUUACUGAGUAUAUCAAACAUCGUCAACAACGAGAAGAUGAAAUUGUGAAAGCUCUGAAAUUGCAAGGAGAGCUGUCACUGUCAGAUAUAAUGAACAGAAUUUACGAGCCAUUGCCAUUUGUAUUACGCUAUUCAGCAAGACAAGCAAUUGAAAAGCAUUUACAGAAACUGCUGAUAGAGCGGCGAGUUCGUCUAAUUCAUCGAGCCGGAUUGUUUCAAAGUGCCACGUAUAGUUUAAUUUAG